UUUUAAUUUUGUCAGCAUAUGAGGCUAAGCUCAUUUGUUUAACGAGUAAUGAAACGCAUAUUCAAUAAAUAAAGACAACAAAAAUUGUUGCUCUGACGAUUUUUCCAAAUCUACGGAUAUAACUAACACAAAACCGUGACUAUUAUCGCGAAGACAUUCACGAAAACUAUCCACCAGCAUGUUCAAGGCACACGAGCGGAAUUCCGGCCGCAAGAAGUGGAGUAAGGAAAUUUCCCACCUUUGCGAAGUAUGUGGAAAAACUUCAGUCACAGCAACCUGUUUCAGAAGGCACCAACUCAUCCACUCGGGCGAGCGGCCCUUCGAGUGCUCAAUUUGCUAUCAAACGUUCAACCAAAAAAACUCUUUGAUAACACACGUAAGGACUCACUUGGGAGAAAAACCAUUCGAGUGCUCGAUGUGUCCAAAAAGUUUUAUAUCUUCCAGUGACCUCACGAAGCACACGAGGACCCACACGAGGGAGAAACCCUUCGUGUGCUCAAAGUGCCAAAAAGGAUUUAUAUCCUCAGGUGACCUCGCAAAGCACAUGCUAACCCACACGAGGGAAAAACCUUACAAGUGCCCAGAUUGUCCAGAAUCUUUUAGACGCAAAGACCACCUAGCGAUUCAUAUGCGAAUUCACAACGGCAUAGCUUGUGGCCACUGUACCAUCUGCCAAAAGCCAUUCACCGACCCGAGCAACCUCAAGAAGCACAUGAGGACCCACACUGGGGAGAAGCCCUGCAAGUGCUCGAUUUUCGGCAAAACAACAAACAACAACCAAAAUCUGCAUUUUGUUUGGUUACACAUUUGACUGGCUUUAUAAUUCAC